GUGCUGCUUGUCGGAGAUUCAUGCGUCGGCAAAACGUCCCUAUUGAUCCGAUUCAAGGAUAGGAUAUUUCUCAAAGGAACCUACAUUUCGACCGUCGGCAUCGACUAUAAAGCAAAAGUGGUGAACGCAAACGGCAUUCCCGUGAGGCUGAAAAUAUGGGAUACAGCGGGCCAGGAGAAAUUCCGGAGCUUAACAAAAUCUUACUAUCGGGAUUCCGAUGGUUGGUUGUGUCAUUUGCAUCCGCAUUAUCUGCUGUUUCCAGCGGUCGUUCUAGUAUAUGACAUCAGUCGAAUGGAAACACUUGUACAUACAAAGUCAUGGAUGGACGAGAUCACCGCUAAUGCGGAUUCAAAAACAUUGCUACUGCUGGCUGGCAACAAAGCCGACGAACUUCGAGAACGCGCGGUGAGCAAACGGGAUGGCGAACGUGUGGCGAAAGAAUGCGGUGCCCUCUUUUGGGAAACCAGUGCCAAAACUGGCCAAAAUGUUGAUGCUAUGUUUCAUUCUGUUGCGGAGACAUUGCUCAGCAGUUCCGCUUCCGAAUCACCGGUUGAUAAGAAUGGUUUUGCCCUGCCGAGUGAUAAAACUGGUCCUACAGAUUCCGAACCGUCAAACCCUACACGUCUUUCAGGAAAUACAUUUCGGUGCUGUCACUAAGACCGCAUUUUCAGAAACUUUUCUACGAAUUGAGUGCUUUACUUCUUCUAUCAUUCGCUUCCGCCAAUGAAAUGUUUUCAAGGUUGGCCGAGCAUCCAGAAGAGCAGUGACAUCUGAUUGUAGUCUCUCGAUAUUAUUCACCAGUUCACAAAACAUUUUCACCUUUUGCCAUCUAAUCCCUAUUGUUUAUGACAUAUUUAAUUCUGUUAUCAUUCGUGACUUGAAUAAAAG